UUUACAUCGACCACACUUACAGUAUACAAUCAGUCUACUGAUUUCCAUGCCGGGGACCUUGUCAUUCAAUUCAUAAUUCGGCGUUAUUUUGAUCGAUAUAAAUGUAGACUUUCCUGAAAAAGCAAGAUGAAACUUUGUGGAAUUGGAGCUAUUCUGGCUUUCAUUCUCUGCUUGAAUAUAAUUCCAGUCUGUUGGAGUGCUCAUGGCAGAUAUGCCCAGAAGCUGCUGACUGAUUUGUUCACAAACUACACCAGUGCCCUGAGACCUGUAGAUGACACAGAAAACAUCCUUAAUGUCACCUUGCAGAUCACGCUCUCACAGAUCAUUGACAUGGAUGAGCGUAACCAGAUUCUGACAGCAUAUUUAUGGAUACGACAGGUGUGGAUAGACUCCUACCUCACAUGGAAUAAAGAUGAUUAUGAUGGACUUGAUACCAUCCGCAUACCUAGUAGUUAUGUAUGGAGACCUGAUAUAGUCCUAUAUAACAAUGCGGAUAGCCAUUUCACAGGCUCCAUGGACACUAAUGUAGUUAUCCGCCAUGACGGUCAGAUCAUGUGGGAUUCCCCGGCCAUCACCAAGAGCUCCUGUAAAGUCGACGUAUCCUUCUUCCCCUUCGACGCCCAGCAGUGCAGGUUCACAUAUGGCUCAUGGACAUACAACGGUAACCAGAUGGAUCUCCAGAACGCCAUGGAACAAGCUGAUCUGGCAGACCUGGUGGAGAAUGUGGAAUGGGAGGUGCUGGGGAUGCCUGCCAAGAGGAACAUCGUUCUCUAUGGCUGCUGCGCUGAUCCUUACCCUGAUGUGACCUACACCCUCCAACUUAAAAGGAAGGCUUCCUUCUAUGUGUUCAAUCUACUCAUCCCUUGUGUGAUGAUCUCCUUCCUGGCCCCUCUGGGCUUCUACCUGCCGGCUGACUCUGGGGAAAAGGUGUCCCUGGGAGUCACUGUCAUGCUGGCUCUGACCGUGUUUCAGCUUCUCGUCGCUGAAAUCAUGCCUCCGUCAGAGAACGUGCCACUUAUUGGAAAGUACUACAUAGCUACCAUGACCAUGAUAACGGCCUCCACGGCACUGACCAUCUUCAUCAUGAACAUCCAUCACUGUGGCCCAGACGCCAAGCCCGUUCCCAAAUGGGCUAAGAUCUUCAUUCUCCAGUACAUGGCUAGGGUGUGCUUUGUGUAUGAAGUAGGGGAGAACUGCAUGUCUUUCCAACCUGAGAAUCAGGACUCUCCACCACCACCUUCGCCUCCACCCCAGAGGAGCAACAACUGCACCAUGAAUGGAGAGGCUGUCCGAGAGGAAUUGAUGCUGAAACUGGAAAGUGGUCAAGGCGGCAUGACCCCGAAAAUAACUGAGGAGAACGAAGAUCAGUUAAAGAGCCCCACCGGCUCUAUGGAGGGGAUCCCCACCAACCAGAACAGCGCCUGGAACAACGGCAUGUUCAUGACAAUUGGCUGUGGAAACUCACCAGGUGCUGAUGUCUCCAGGAGGAGCAGAAAGGGAGGUGUGAGCGACGGGGUGGAAGGGAGAAGCGGAACAGAAGAGGCGUGUAAGACCCAAUGCAUCUCUGAGCAGCAGCAACUCCUGUGGAAUAUUGGGUACAUUGCUAACUACUACAGAGAUACGAGAGCCACAGCGAAAAGGACUGGGGAGUGGAAGAAGGUGGCAAAAGUGUUAGACCGCUUCUUCAUGUGGAUCUUUUUCAUCAUGGUGUUUUCAAUGAGCCUGCUCAUCAUGGGGAAAGCCGUCUAAUUUCAGAGCUGUGUUUAUUAGGUAUGGAGAAAACAUGUUGAAAUGAACGAGGCAUUAUCUGGAACAGUGUAUAAAACUGAUAUCUGUUUUGGUCCUAUUUUAAUUUCCACAAGUAUUCAUUAAUGAUUCUAAACCUUUUUCAUCUGUAUUUGUUAUACAUCAUUUUAGUUUUAUUCUUGUCAUAUUUGUAUUGUGCACAUUCAUUUCAAUGUGGAAAAUGGAAAUAACAAUAACAUGGAUGAAUAGGAAAUAUUUGAAGUAGUUUGAUUUAAUUAUUUAAAAUGAAACAUUAAUAUCCAUUCUGAUACCAAAUAACAAAAAUGGCAAUAGUAACACGGCCAUCUCAGUCACUGACAGUCAUGUUGUUAGCUACAAACAUGGUUGCAAUGCAUAUAUUGUAUACAUUGCAAACAUGUUGUGCAUACGCUGAACUUUUUGCCCCCAUUUAUCACAAGCUGAACUCAAAGAUCUAAGACAUUCUCCUUGUACCCAAA